CUCAGGUCAUCGCCAUUUUUCGAUUCGCGUAGACUGACCAGAGUCCGUGAAUCUCCAUAAAACUGUUUGAAUAUUUGAAUUUAACCCAAACAAUUCGCCAGAGGUCCACGAUCAUUGAAAAAGAUUCAGUAGCUAAAAAUGCCUGAAGUACACAGUUUUGGAUUGGAACCUAUAAGUUGCCAUGCUUUCAACGGCAACAGAACCCAGUUAGCGAUAUCACCUAACAACCAUGAGGUGCAUAUUUACAAUAAAGUUGGAUCUAAAUGGGAAUGUAAUCAAGUAUUACGUGAGGAUCGUAACGCGUAUGUGUGGGUACUACAAGGCAAUGAAUGGAAACCUACCUUAGUUAUUCUACGUAUCAACCGCGCUGCUACUUGUGUCAAAUGGUCACCAACAGAAAACAAGUUUGCUGUUUCAAGUGGGGCUCGUCUUAUCUCUGUCUGCUAUUUUGAGGUGGAGAAUGAUUGGUGGGUUAGUAAGCAUAUUAAGAAACCGAUUCGAUCUACCGUGACUUGUCUGGACUGGCAUCCUAACAACAUUCUGCUUGCCUGUGGCUCCACUGAUUUCAAAGCAAGGGUUUUCUCCGCUUACAUCAAGGAAGUGGAACCCAAACCCUCCUCUACACCAUGGGGUAGUAAAAUGCCAUUUGGUUAUAUGAUGUUUGAAAACGGUGGAGGAGGUGGCUGGGUACAUGGAGUUAGUUUUACUGAAUCUGGUGACAAACUGGCCUGGGUGAGCCACGACAGUUCGGUACAUGUAGCCUCAGCUGCUCAGGGCAUGGCCGUAGUGUCAGUGAAGACUGAGUUCUUGCCUUUCAUGGACUGUCUGUGGGUUACUAACAACAGUCUGGUAGUUGUGGGUUAUGACUGUAGUCCCUCACUGUUCUCACAUGAUGAUCAAGGUCGUCUAUCAUUUUCAUCCAAGCUAGAUGUUAAAGCUGGUCAGCAGCAAAAAGGAAAUGUCAGUGCUAUGAGAAUGUUUCAAACUUUGGAUAAGAGAGCUACCACUGAAGCUAAUGAAGAACAAACAACUGUACACCAGAACACCAUCACUCAGCUGUCCCUUUAUGGUGGUAAUAAAGCUAGUGCCGCCAAGUUCUCCACUUCCGGGGUUGAUGGGAAACUGGUCAUAUGGGACAUAAAGUCAUUGGAGUCUGCAGUAGCUGGCUUACGCAUAAAGUAAAAGAUACAAGAAGGACCCAUAUGGCAAAAUAUAUUGUCACAGUCAUUACUAUUCUAGACAUUUGUCUUUAGUUCUACAUUUAUCGUAGGGGUAACAUCACCUUGUAGCUAUAGAUGCAUAAUGAAAUGUUUUGGAAGUGGCAGCCAUUUUGUAUCUACAAGCUUUGAAUCAUGGGAAAAUUACACGACCACAUGUGACAAAUAUGAACAGUAAAUUAUACAGUUCUAAAGUAUGUUUCAUAUAAUUGUCUAAUGAAAUUCUAUAGUACAACAACCGAAAACCCUAUAAAACUUCUAUGAGAAAUAUUCUAUAACAAUUCUAUAAAAAUGUUGAAAGAAAUCCUAUCAAAGGUUCUAUAGAAUAUAGAAUCUACUUUCAUUACUACAAGUAACAAAACUUGCCAGCAACUGUGUUUUAUGUUACUGUAGACAUCUUGCACCACUAUACUCAAAGUUUACUCUGUAUUGUGAUUUUUUGGUUACAUUCCUCUUUAAUACUGGGUCCGGAACAUUCUCAUUUUUCGUAAAUAAAAGUUAUGUUAAACUUGAAA